AUGGUCUCGUUUCAUUGCGUUGCGGUUGUGACGAGCUCUGCCAUCAUCAGAAUCACUGCUGUUGUUUUUCUCCGAUGGAUACCAGGUCAUCACUUCCCACCUCUUAUUCUGUCUUCGCUAGUGGUGUAUCUCACAUCGCUUUCCGCCCUCCUUGCGGACAGAGGCUUCCAGAAGAGCUCAGCUAAGCGGUCAACAACUUCCGAUGCUAAGAAGGACGACCGAUCAGCGAUCAAAUCGCUGAUUACGGGACUUCCGUCAAGAUAUAGGGCGGUUACUCGCCUCACUGCUUUCACCAAUAUUCUAUUGGCAGUCUUGACAUUGGACUUUCUUCUUCGUGGUCUUGUCUUCUAUCCAAGUGCUGAUGUUUCGUUCGCUCGCAUUGGCUAUGUCUCUCCUACGACGGCAAACCUGCUUGUCAGGGAGCCAGAUCUCGCCCAGUUGCCUUUGGUUGUGUUCUACCAAGAAGAUUCAAAGAGCAACCAAGAUAAGUGGAUGGAAGAAGGGGUCAUCUACUCCCUUGACACAACGACGGAUUAUACCGCGCCCGUGAUGAUCAGGAAUCUGAAGCCUUCGACUCAGUAUCGUUAUUCGUUAUCCAAUAACGUCACGGGAACAUUUCAAACAGCACCGCUUCCGGGGUCGAAAGAAGCGAAACGGCUGACGUUUCUGUCAUCGAGUUGUAUCAAGGCCAACUUCCCCUACAGCCCCUUUUUGCACCCUUUGCGUAUUCCCGGUAUUGAGCAAUUGGCCCAGGUUGUCGCAAACCUUCCCUCGGUGCUCCGGCCUGCGUUCAUGCUCUUUCUGGGGGACUUCAUCUAUGUAGAUGUUCCUUUUCGAUUCGGGUCCUCGAGGGAUCACUAUCGAAGCGAGUAUAGGCGUGUUUACUCCUCGCCGUCCUGGGCCCUUCCCGCCGAAGACCCAGCAAUCAAUCUACCCUGGCUGCACACCCUAGACGACCAUGAAAUCGCCAACGACUGGUCCAAGGGCAACACAACCGCGCCGUAUCCUGCUGCCGCUGACCCAUACGCUCACUACCAUGUCAGCGUCAACCCGCCCAUCCCGCCACUGGCCUUCGCCGAGCCUGCAAACACGACGUACUUCUCCUUCAUCCACGGCCCGGCCUCCUUCUUCAUGCUUGACACGCGUACAUACCGCUCUGAGCCCGCCCAGCCGGAAUCCACCAUACUCGGCUCCGCCCAGCUGCAGUCCCUCCUCGUUUAUCUGGCGCGACCGGAGCCCUCAGACGUCCGGUGGAAAAUCGUGGCGUCAAGCGUCCCGUUCACGAAAAACUGGCACGUCGGCACUACCGACACCUGGGGCGGGUUCCUCAACGAGCGUCGUACCGUCUUCGAAGCCAUGUGGCGAGCAGAGCGGGAGCUGGGCGUCCGCGUGGUCCUUCUCAGCGGCGACCGGCACGAGUUCGGCGCCACCCGGUUUCCUGACCCAAACCUCCUGCAGCUGGACGGUCAAGACGCUCCCGCCAUCACCCCCUUCACGGCGGGAGAAGGCGUGCACGAAUUUAGCGUCGGCCCGCUGAACAUGUUCUACCUGCCUGUACGGACGUACCGCCAGACGGACAACGAGGAUGUGGCGGUCAAGUACGUCCCGGACGGGAACAGCAAGUUCGGGAUGAUUGAGAUUACGGACACCGAGGAUGGGGACGUGAUUCCCUCGUUGGGAAUCACGGCGCCUAGCUCGACGCUCACUUACUCGCUUUAUGUCGACGGCGAACCCGUCUGGAAGUAUAAGCUGAGCGUUCCGCAUCUUCAACACGCAUCCGGCAGGUUACCGGCCGGUAGCGUCGUGCUUGACGAAACAGUCAGCAGUGCCUGGGACGUCCUGUUGAAGACUACCAUUGGAAGGAUUGAAGAGGUUGGAUUCCGAGUCUGGCGAGGGUUGAAUGAGAGGUACUACGAGUAUUUUGAUAGGCUUGAGCGUGUGGAGAGAUUGUAG